CAGCGCUCAGUAACAUUUUGCUGUUGUUUUAACCGCCAAAUCCGCCAAACGAAAAAUGAUCAGAGGAAACAGUCAGUAAAAGACGUUUGUUUUGAAGUUUUUGUUUUUGUUUUUGUAUAUUGUGUUCAUUCGUAUCAAUUUGUAAGAAACAUGAAAUGCGGUAGCUGUAGAAAUACCAAUGCCGACCAAUAUCGGAAAAUCAAUCCAGACGACAAUUUAUUUGAUAUUCUAAAGAAUCUGAAUGCGACCCGAGCCUACAAUCCGAAAUACGCAUAUUUUUGCGAGCAAUGCAUCAACAAAGCUGCAACUGUACUGGCUCAUAAGCUUACUACCGUAAGCGAUCAAAAUGCAAACAGCUUUACUCUUAUAACGGACCAUUCGACCAGCAAAGCAUCCAGCGAUACAUCGAAUUCGUCCAAGGAUGAAUAUGACGAUAUCAUCGUAUCGAAAAAAUUUUACACUGAAACCGGUACACCGAUAAUAGUCCCAUCUGAAAGAUCGACAAAGGCUGUAACUCGUUCGAAACCGUGUCCAAAACGUUUUAAGGAACUGCAGUCAAUUCCGGAAGGUUCAGAUCGUCAAGAACCAGCAAUGCCCAGCACACAAACAAGUGCGUCUAACAGUGGCGCCACGGAACCUCCCGGACUAAUGAUGAGUUCACCUUCACUUGAAGAUGGGAUUUUCCAAGAUAUGAGUUUACCACAUGACUCGGCAUCCGGCAGUGACACAAACGUUACGGGCCAGGACGCAAACAUAUCGGGCCAGAACGAUCGUAGUGCUGAUUCACCCAAAGACCAACAUUCAUCAUCCGGUCAAUCUAAACGACGAUUAGAUCCGAAUGUUUCGUCCAGUCAAGCUAAGAGACGAGGAUCAGUUUCACCAAAUGAAGUAUCAAUCACCUCGCCUCGUCGAACCGAAGAAACCCGCACACAGCCUCGUCAAUCAUCAACCGAAAAAAGUGACACGGAAUCUGAGCAAUCGUCCACCAACAAUAGUCGCACGCGAGCCGAAAAAAGUCGCACACAACCUCGUCGAUCGCCGACGGAAAAAAGUGACUCUGAUCAAUCGGUGAGCAAAGAAACUCGCACGCUACCUCGUCGGGCGUCAGCCGAAAAAACGCGCACGCAACCGCGUCGGGCAUCAACCGAAACAACUCGCACGCAACCUCGUCCGGUGUCCACCGGAAAAGAUGACUCAGAUCAAUCGGCAAGACAAAGAACCCGCAGGAGACCGAAGACUACUACCGGAAAGGCUAACCCCACACAUGACGUUGAUUCAGAUACUUCAUCUGCACACGAUGGUGAUGGUGGUACAUUGGCGCCAGCUGCUAAAAAUCCACGAAUGAGAACUCCGAUCACACCCAUGCCCAGAAAUUUGCAAGAAUUCUUUUCAAAAAACUCAUUCGUCGAAGUCAACUUUCAUCCGCGAACAAUGGCUGGUUGAAUGUCAAUCACUUGUAUUGCUUGCAUAGCAAGUGUCGUUUUAAUUA